AUGCAAAGCCUCUUGACCCCGCUGAUUGAGACAACUGUGCGACAAAUUUUUCUAGAAUCCUCUGCAACCUCAUGGUGUACUCGACGCCUCCUCUCCCGACACAUGGCCCUCUGGCGACAAGCCUUGGCGAUACGACGUCGGGAUUUGGCUGCGGCCCAGCGCAUAGCCAGCUGGCAGUUAGUGGCUCCCGGACCUGCUUUGGCUACUUCUCGAGUGCCGGUAGCCGCCUGCUUGUCUCGGGCUGGCUUAGGCCUCCGAGCGUUGGCAACUCACCAACACUUAGACUGCGACGAUUGUUCGAUAGUUGAUGGCAGUGAGGCGAUGAUGAGUGAUUGUAAUGUUGGAAGUAGCACAAUUGGCGUCGAUAGUUUUCUCAAAUGCGAUACUAACCUCAAGCAUAGGGCCUCAGGGCUCCUGGACAGUGAUGUUCGCCUAGACCAUCUUCCUACCUUGCCGACUGAACACAAUGAUCACUACGAUUGUAUCCCUAUAGAAGGGUCUCUGGCGGACGCUGAAUUAUCAGAUGUAAAAACUAAUGAAGAAGAAAACGGCUUUAUCAUACCCUUUUUUGAGCUAAAGCGGCGACGAUUCUCAAAGUGGGCAGCUCAGGCUGAUGCCAAGAUUACUUGGUCUCCCAUACCUCCUCCUGUAAACUGUCUCAUCGAUCAGCCUAUCGGCCUUAUCGGCUUUGGAGCCGAUGAUAUUGCUCGAUAUGAGUCACUAGCACAACAAUCAUCAUCAGGCGAAAUUCGUUCCUUGAUCCUCUGGCUUCUGACCAAGCUUUCUGCCUUUCCUCGGCUCCUGUUGCUGCCCCAACAGCCACCCAAUUCACAGCAGCCGAAACGCAUCCGAGUGUCGGUCCCUUUGUCCCAGGGUGAAAAUCAUCCUUCAUCACGCCGAACUGCUGUCAGACAGAAUUGGCUUAUUUCUGAGCGUCUUUCGCCUUCGUGCCACAUUGCCCUCCUCGAUGGACUUGUCUGGCUUGGUGAAAAAGCAGCCAAGCGACUGACCAUGCCUGCUAAUUUAAGCCAAUCAAGGCCGGGUGAGCAAGAAUCUUCGAGUAACGCAUUCUUCAUUUUCACUUAUUUAAGUGCUCCUAAGCUGCUUAUUCACUUUGCUAGGUUCGUUUAA